AUGAAAAGUCAGGCAUUGAAGAAAAUGCUAAAUGCAGUAAGUGCAGUGCUUGUUUUCUUUAUUGCAAGUUGCACAGGAAGUUGGAAUAUUUUUGAUGAAAACGCAUACGGUAUUGUAGACCCUUAUGCUGAGGAGAAUUCUCUGGAAAAUGUUAUAACAGACCAGUAUAUUCAACCCAGAGAGUAUGCAAUUGGUGAUAACAUAUAUGAAAAUAUCUAUAACCCAGCACAGAGUAUGCCGGGUACUUCAAGAGAAGAAAAUAUAACGGACAGCACAGAACUCUCUUUUUUUGAUUUGUCUGCACCCUGUAACUCAGCCCAGGAUGAGUAUAGAUUUUUUAGAGAGCAACAGAGAACAGAAGAACAGUGCACCUCUCAGCAGUAUAUAGAACCACAGUCUAAUAUAGAUGAGAAUGUUUUUGAUAAAGGAGGAAGUAUGGUUGAAAUGUCUGAUCAUAGAGAUGGAACAGUUGAUGGAAUAGAUGACUAUUCUGAAUGGUUUGUGCCAAAUAAGAAUGGUGGCUAUAUACACGAUCCUAUAGAAUUAACAGAUACUCAGGGUAAUGUGCACUCUUCAUCUCCACAUAUCAUAGAAGAGAACAAUGAAGAUGGUGCAUCUUCUACUUCUACUAGAAAAAAUAAUAGAGGUAAAACAGUUAGAGCAAAAAAAAGAACAGUUGAAAAAAGAAAAGUAUCCAAUAUAGAUGGGCCUAGUUCUCAACCAGUGGCUAAAAGAAAAAAGAAAGAGUCAAUUAAAAAGAAUAAAUCACAAGCGGCUAUAAACACAGAAAAAGAAAGCAAUCGAAUGGCAACUUUCAACAUUGGGUUAUGGAACAAUGUGAGACUGACUAAUGCACAAAGAGCAAAUUGUAAAAUAUAUCAUCAUACGAUAUAUAAGUAUUAUAAGUAUCUAGAGUUUUAUAAGUAUCUGAACUAUGAAAUAGAAUCAGAUCUCUACCAGGAAAAGAUGAAAAAAGAAAUAAAAAGUUUUUCUGCAGGCAUUGCUUCGCUGAUAAAGCAGAAUGCGCUGUGGUACUUCAUUGCGUGCAGAACUACAAACGUAAACACAAAGCACAAAGAUCUGCUGUGGCUGAGGAAUCUCUUUGCAGAUAAAGAAGAGAGCGAACACAAAACAAUGUUGAUGAAUCUUGAAGGAUUCUAUCCUGAAGUGGCUGCUGAGAUGCUAGCGUACAUGGAAAGGCAUAAGCCACUGAGAGUUAUCAAAAAAUAUCCACCGAUCAAGUGGAAUGAAACAUUGGGAGAUGUUUAUAUGCGAAAAAGUCUUGAUUUAAAUUAUGAGAUGAUGAAAUAUCAGGAUAGGAUCUGCAAAAUGCACGAAAAGUAUUCUGCCCUCGCUUAUGCUCUGCGCAUGGUUCUAGCACUGCCUGAAGUGUACCAAGACUUUUCUAAGAUUAGUGCAAAGUUUAUAAAAGCCACACUGAUCUCUGAUAAUAUAUGCAAAAAUAAGCAAACACAUCAGGUUUUAUUAUCUAUACAUGCAUUAGUAAAAGCAGAAAACAAUGACAAAAAAAUAGAAAAUGAAAAUGAGUAUGAAAGUAUUCACAGUGCUCUUGAGAGUAUAUAUGAAAAAAAAUACAAAAAGAGCCAAAAGUCUCCGAGCUGUACAAGGAUAUAUACAUGA